AUGACAAACAACAAUAAUAAUUUAAAUAAAGAAGUAAUAAAUAAAAAAUAUAAAAUUAUUAAUAAUUCUUUUUUUUUUUACUUAGUUAAUAACUUAGAAAAAGAAGCAGUAUCAGCAUAUGAUAACACAAAAGAAGCAACAAUCAAUGCAUAUAAUGCAACAACAAAUGCAAUGAGUGAUGGUAUGAAAUAUGUUAGUGAUUCAUUAUCAUCAGCAGCUGAAGUAACAAAAGAUGCAACAAUCAAUAUGUAUAAUGCAACAACUAACGCAGUGAGUGAUGGUUAUGAAUCUUUAAAAUCAAAAACAAAUGAAUUAAUUGACAAUACUCAAAAUGAAAAUAAAAAUUUAAAAGAUGGUACUUCAAAGAAAAUCGAAGAAUUAAAAGAUGAAUCAAGUGAAGUAAAAGAUAAUAUUAAAGAAAAAGGCGAAGAACUAGUUGAAGAUGCUAAAGAUGCUGCUCAUAAUGCUUCAAAUAAAUUAAAUAACGCUAAAGAUCAAGUUUCUGAUAAAAUGGAUAAUGUAAAAGAUGAUUUAUCAAAUAAAUACGAUGAAACAAAAAAAGAAGCCGCUCACAAACUUAAUCAAGCUUCAAAUAAAAUUGAUCAAUAA